AUGCCUCAGGCUGAAGCGAGCAGCUCUCAAUCUCGCAAGGACAAGAUCCCAAAUCAUUCCAUACAGAUUAGUGCAGAUCGAGGAGGAACCUUCUGUGACUUGCACGCAUCCUAUCCUGACCCAGAAAAUCCAAAGGAAAGAAAGGAACUGAUUGUCAAACUUCUGUCUCAGGAUCCAGCGAAUUACACGGAUGCACCGACAGAAGGCAUUCGACGUAUUCUAGAGCAAAUUACAGGCGAAUCCAUCCCUCGAGGACAAGUGCUGGAGACCGACAAGAUGGAGUAUAUCCGACUAUCCACUACAAUCGCGACGAAUGCGCUCCUCGAACGAAAGGGGCGAAAACAUGCAUUGCUCAUCACGAAAGGCUUCAAGGAUCUACUUCUCAUCGGAAACCAAUCCCGUCCCAAAAUCUUCGAUCUCAACAUCCGUCGACCUCCACCUCUUUAUUCAACUGUAAUUGAAGUUGAUGAGCGUGUCACUCUCGUUGGCUAUACCAGCGAUCCAAAGGCUGAGGAGCACGCUGUUCAAUUCGAUGAACAAGGGAACGUCACAAGGGGUUAUCGAGGAAAAGGCUGGGAUGGCCAUGGGGAUGCUGAAGGUCCAGGAAAAAUCGUAAGAGGAGAGAGUGGAGAGGCCGUCAGGAUCAUGAAAGUGCCCGAUCUCGAGGAAGUCAAGAAGGAUCUGCAAAAGGUGUAUGAUGAAGGAUAUCGUUCACUCGCGAUCGUUCUUAUCCAUUCCUACACCUAUCCCACACACGAAACAUCUAUAGGUGAAUUAGCGCGCUCUAUGGGCUUCACGCAUGUCUCUUGUUCAUCUCAGCUUUUGCCCAUGAUCAAAGUCGUACCGCGAGGAGUAUCGUCAACUGCUGAUGCUUAUCUUACACCUAUUUUAUAUCAAUAUCUCGACGGUUUCUUCUCUGGUUUCGAUAGCCAACUGAGGGACGGAAGGAUAAAGAGUCCAAGAGUAGAGUUCAUGGGCUCAGACGGUGGUUUAGUGGAUGCAAAUCGAUUUUCCGGGCUCAAGAGUAUCCUGAGUGGACCUGCUGGAGGUGUCGUCGGUUACGCGUUAACGAGUUGGGAUGUGAACGAGAAGAAACCUGUUAUUGGGCUGGAUAUCGGAGGUACAUCUACAGAUGUUUCCCGUUUCUCAGGUCGAUUCGAGAUUACAUAUGAGUCGACUACUGCCGGUACAACGAUCCAGUCGCCUCAGUUGGAUAUCAACACUGUCGCUGCCGGGGGUGGCUCUUGCUUGAGCUUCCGAAAUGGCUUAUUCUUAGCAGGUCCGGAAAGCGCUGGAGCCGAUCCGGGACCAACUUGCUACAGAAAAGGGGGUCCCCUCGCAGUCACAGACGCCAAUCUCCUCCUUGGACGUCUCAUACCAGACUACUUCCCCAAGAUUUUCGGUCCAAGUGAAAAGGAGCCGCUGGAUAUUGAGGCUUCCCGGGACGCCUUCAAAACGGUGGUCAAGCAAGUCAACGAGGAGUAUGGUACUGAGGACACAGAGACGAAGAAGGAGUGGUCGUUUGAUGAAGUGGUUUACGGAUUUAUCAAAGUUGCGAACGAAACGAUGUGUAGACCCAUUCGAGCUCUUACUGAAGCAAGGGGUCAUGCGACCGGGAGCCAUGUGUUGGCUUCCUUUGGUGGUGCUGGCGGCCAACACGCUUGUGAAAUUGCGAAGCUGCUUGGUAUCCAUACUAUACUUAUCCACCGGUACUCCUCUGUUCUUAGUGCCUAUGGAUUGGCUUUAGCCGAUCGUGUCCACGAGAUUCAAGCCCCAAGCUCGACGUUUUACUCCGAGAACACGAUACCUGAACUUAAAUCUCGUCUUGACAAAAUGGACUCAGAAGUUAGAGAAGAGCUCAAAAAACAAGGGUUCGAGGGUAGCAGAGUUAGCGUCGACAGAAUGUUGAAUAUGCGUUUCGAGGGGACUGAUACGGCGCUCAUGGUGCUGCCGGGAGAUGAUGAGAAGGUAGAUGGGAAAGAGGAUUUUCUCAAGGCGUUCAAGAAAGAGUACAAGCACGAGUUUGGCUUCCUGUUGGAAGGAAAUUUUAUAGUGGUCGAUGAUAUCAAGGUUAGAGGAAUAGGCAAGACCUUCGAUACACUCGGAGAAUCCAUCUACGCCGAAAUGUCACGGCUUCGCUCGACCAACUCCAUUCGGCUUGCGCCGAAGGACAAAGUUGACUCGAGGCAUAGCGUCUACUUUGAUGGCUUAGGUAGACUCGACGACACCCCUGUCUAUCUUCUGGACAAGUUGGAAGUGGGUGAAGAAGUUCGGGGUCCAGCUAUCGUGAUUGACGAUACCCAAACGAUUGUGGUUGUUCCAGGAGCGAAAGCGGUCUUGGGACGCAAGCACUUGGUUGUGGAGAUCGAAUAA